AUGCUUAGAACUUCAAGUAUGCCGAUCGAUAUUGAAAGACCUCCUCCUUCACGGAAGCAACCGUUACGUCGUGGUAUUCAUAUAACUGAGCAUAAAGACUUUCGGGUCAAUCCCGAACCGUUGGUUUUACAAGAAGCUGAUUUUUUACUGGAAGAGUUUUUGUCACCAACGAAAUUGAGAGCAUUAACAGGUACAGAUGAUUUAGCAAAUAUUCGCGAAUUGGAAAUGAUCGUUGAUACAUCGGAUACGAGCUUGGGAAACUUUGGAAUUUAUUUACAAAAAUUAGUUGAACUGAAAUUAAGUAAUAGUGUUAUACCAAGAGUUAGAGAUCUUGGUACAUCACUUUCACAUGUACGUAUUCUAUGGAUGGCUCGUUGCUGUCUAAAUGAUCUAGAUGGUAUAACGAGUCUCCAAUCACUUGAAGAACUUUAUGUUGCCUAUAAUGAAAUAUCUGAUUUAAGUGCAUUAAGUAUGCUUGAACACUUACGACUACUUGAUCUUGAAAGUAAUCUUGUGGAUGAUUUACGUCAAGUUGAAUUUCUUGCCUUAUGUCCCAGUCUAGACUCGCUGACUCUCGAAGGCAAUCCGAUAAAUAAUCAAUCAGAUUAUCGAGUUGAAAUUAUUCAACGUUUACCUCGACUUCAAACACUUGAUGAUGUACCAACGAAUCGAACCAAUAAAAUUUCAUCAUCAAUGCCUGGAGAAAGCAUCAUGUUGUUUCAACAAGAUUGGUCGCUUAUUGAAGAAUGCAUCGCCGCAGGUAUGGCACCUCCUGACGAUAAAUUAGCAUGCAAUCAAGCUGAUUCUCGACCACAUUCAGCCAAUAAAAGUCCAUUGAAUCGACCGACUUCAGCGGCAUAUUAUCGUCCUCGAUCAGCUGCACGUUCUGGUUCAGUAGGUAAUAAUCGACCAUCGUCCGGAUCCAUGCGACCAAAUACUGAUCCAUCCAAAUCAGAAUUAUUAGAUACUAAUGAAGAUGUUGUAAGUGAAUUAACUAUUGGUCCAGCAUUUCAAGGAAAUUUAACAAAAAUAUUACGAGCAAGAAAAAAAUGUCAUCACUCUCAAACAUCUGAUAUGUCUCCAAAUAAAACAUCGGAAAAACCCAAAGUACCAUCCCCGCCACCGUCAUCAUCAAAUUAUUCACCAUCACUAACUUCUAACAAUCCAUUAAUGAAAGAAAUCAAUGAUUGGAAACUUGAACAUAAUCGAAAAAUUGAAGAACGUAAAAAGCUUCUUGAACCACAAGUUUUACGCAUUGCUGAUGAUGAAGAUUUACUUGAAAACGAUCUGGAAGUUGACGAAUCUGACGAAGAGAAUAGUUAUGAUAAACAGUCAACUUACUUUCCUGACGAAGAAACGUUGAUUGCAUCUUCGAAUCGACGUAAUUUAGGCUUGGAUGAAGAAAUUCGAUCGGACCAUCAAAAAUGGCAAUUAACAACGGCAUCAGCUGAUAGUCCUGAAAAAUCAGAAAGUCGCGUUGCUACCGGUGAUACGGGUUAUCGAUCAAACUCAGCUGCUAGUUCACAUCGCACACGAUCCCGUGCAAAUUCACGAUCAUCAACAGCUGAUAAUUCGAAUUCAACAGCCGAUCGUUUUCGUUCACCAAUGCGUGUUAGUCAUCAACCAGUUCUUGCAACAACUAAUGUAAAUCGAUCCCCACUAUCAUCUUCCACUGAACCAUUAUCACCAUCUUAUAAAAGUUCUAUUUCAUCUGCGAAAAAAUCAUUGAAAGGAUUGCGUAAUGAUCCAUUACCAACACUGCAACGUCUUCCUCCACGGAAAACAUAA